CUUUAUUAUCGCCUUAUUAUUACAGAGCAUUAUUAUUGGUGUUAUUAGGAGAAUAUAUGGAUAGAUAUAGAAAGAUAUAGGAUUAAUUAUUAUCUCAAUUCUACACUUCAAUUUCACACAUAAGAAGUGUGUAUGAAAGAGUGGGGGAGAGAGGUCUGAUCUUUCUGUUUAGGGUUUCAUUGUGAAGGUGAAAGCUGCUAAGAGAUAUGGGUAUGUAAUCUUCACUGUUAAAUUAGUUAUUGUCUUGAAGGAGGAAGUGUAGAAUCAUCUGAACUGUUAUUUGUGUUUGAUUGAGAAGUGACUUUAAUUGGUUAAAAGUCAGUGUCAUCUGAAGGUCUAAAAAGAGUAGAAUUCGAGCUUGGUUUUGAUCUUGGGGAAUUGGUGCAGAGUAAUGGGUUAUUUAUGCGACUUCUGCGGGGAGCAGCAAUCGAUGGUAUAUUGUCGAUCUGAUGCAGCUUGCUUAUGUUUUUCCUGUGACUGCCGUGUCCAUUCUGCAAAUGCCCUUUCACAGCGCCAUUCCAGGACACUUGUAUGUGAAAGCUGCAAUUCACAACCGGCUUUUGCUAGAUGUAUUGAGGAAAGUUUAUCUCUUUGUCAGAAUUGUGAUUGGGAAGCACAUGCUAGUUCUAGUACAAGUUCCACCCAUACUAGGCAACCGGUUAGUCAUUAUUUGGGCUGUCCUUCAGCUGCAGAACUGCCUUCACUCUGGUCUUUUCUCUUAGGUAUCCCUUUGAUCGGUGAUUCCACUUGUGAGAGUGGCAUGAGUUUGAUGAGCUUAACAAAUAAUGAUCCUAGGGAUAUCCAAGGGUCUGAAGGAAAGAGCGCUCAAGAUGUGUCCACUGUGGUCGAAGGAAAUGAGUCGCGGAGUGUGGAUAAAUCUACCAUUUGCACGGAGUCUUCUAAGGAAACUCCACUUAACAAACUGGAGAAUGUCGAACUGUUGACUGAAUCCACCAAUUCUACUUCAAAGGUUUGCUAUUCUGGAACCAAAGGCCAAACUUUAUAUGAAGAUGAACCUACCUAUGGGGAUAUCAAUAUGGAUGAGCUUGAUCUAAGUUUUGAGAAUUAUGAACAAUUUACUGCUUCUCUUAAUGAUGAUGCAAAUGAGCUUUUUAAGGAUGAAGGUAUUGAUGGCUUUUUUGGAACAAACAAUGUGCCUGGUGCUGAUAAUGAUUCUCAGGAUGCAAAUGAUGUCGAGGGGUCAUCAAUCAAUUGGAUAAAUACAAUACAACCAGAGCUCAGCAAUGCUGCAUUUGCAGAUUCCACAACCAGCAAAACCGAAUCUAUAAACUGUUUUGCAAGACAAGAUAAGUACAGCCUCUCAUUCUCGAAUCUCUCUGGAGAGAGCGCUGGACUUCAGGACUGUGGACUUUCCUCGAUGUUCCUCGUGGGAGAGCCACCAUGGGGUUCCUCAGGUCCUGAAAACUUAUUGCCUUCAAGUAGUAGGAGUAACGCCAUAUUGCGCUACAAAGAGAAGAAGAAGACACGCAAAUUUGAAAAGCAAGUGAGGUAUGCUUCGCGUAAGGCAAGAGCUGAUGUUAGAAGGCGUGUGAAGGGAAGAUUUGUCAAAGCUGGGGAUGCUUAUGAUUACGACCCAAAAGGCCAAACCAGAACCUACUGAGUAAAUAUUUCUUUGCAUACUCGCUGGGAAAGAAAUAGUCCUUAAAUUUCUUAGACUUGUUUUUGGCGCUUCUUGCAAACGGAUAAAUGAUGACAAAUUUUACGGUGACUGCAGUAUAUACUGAACAGAACAGAGCAUCCACAUCAAUGAAUCAGAUUCGAUAAUUGAAGAAAAAACAAAAAAACAAAAAAAACAAAAAAAACAAAAAAAAAAAAAGGAUAGAUGUAUACUUCAUUCAACAAUUAAAUUUACCUACUUUAAGAAGAAUGGCUUUCUCCAAAAAAAACAACAGUCUACUGCAUUUGCACUGAGGAUUCUCAUGCAAGGCUUAGGGCUAUCCCGCCUCUCCCAUCUUCAACUCUAACUGGAGAAGAGUUUGCGCGCGAUGAGAUGUCCUGAAACAUUCAGAAAUGGUUUCAGGUCAAAGGAUUAAAAGAAGCUCUCUUGGAAUGUUGUCCUGUGAUCUAUACCUUUACCCCUCUAUGCAGUAUGUAGUAGGAGUUAGGUGUUUCAAUUGAUUCUCAAGAAAUUAAUGGAGGUGUAUAUAUUUUCCCA